AUGCUGCCUACCCUCCUACUGCCCACAUCACUCCUCAGCUUCUCAUACCUCACUCUCACCACCCAGGCCGCGCCUUUCACAUUCGCCAACAACCCCUUGGGCAACAACUUCCCGAGUCCAAGCCCGCAACAGAUCCUCGAUAUCCAGACGCAGGCCCACGGCAGCCUUCCCGCCGGCGCCCCGCCCGCCACCGUCAAAGAUGACACGUUGAAGUCCCUCCGGCUCAUCGCCUUCAACGAGAUGUUUGAAACGGCCUACUUCACGUCCCUGCUCGCCAACAUCACCACCAAUGCCACGGGCUACACCUUUGCCGACCCGGCGGACCGGGCCUCGAAGAUCGCCGCGCUGACGGCCGUGCAGGCGCAAGAAGAGUUGCACGUCCUAAACGCCAACGGGGCCCUGGCGAACUUCAAAGCGGCCCCGAUCCAGCCGUGCCAGUACCAGUUCCCGGUCAGCACCUUCACCGAGGCCGUCGGGCUCGCGGCGACCUUCACCGACGUCGUGCUCGGCACGCUGCAGGACGUAACGUCGCUGCUCGGAGCGUCGGGCGACGCGGGCCUGAUCGGCGGCAUCACGUCCGUGAUCGGGCAGGAGGGCGAGCAGAACGGCUACUACCGCAGCGUGCAGGGCAAGAUCCCGUCUGCGCUGCCCUUCCUAACGGCGAGCACACGCGCGCUGGCCUUCUCCGCGCUCAACCAGGCCUUCGUCGUGCCGGGCUCCUGCGACGCCGCCAACAUGGCCUCCAUCGACCUGCCCAUCUUCGGCACGCUCAGCAUCGACACCAAGGACAUCAAGCCCAUGGCCCAGACGCUGGACUACAGCAUCGGCGUGCGGCCCACGCGCGGCGCCAUCAUGGGCGACCAGGCCGGGCUGGGCUACGAGUGGCUGAGCGUGGUGUACAUCAACGGGCAGAACAAGCCGGCCGUGCAGCAGAUGCAGAACGUGCGCCUGACGGCCGACAAGGUCCAGUUCCAGGCCAGCUUCCCCUACGAGGCCGGCACCUUCGGGAACGGCUUGACCAUUGCGGUGCUGGCGCGGAGCAACGGGGACCUGACGAGCGUGGAGGGCGUGACGGCGGCGACGGUCUGGGGGCCGGGGCUGAUUGAGAUUAACUGA